GUCACACCUGUCAAACAGCUGAUUUGCAGCUGAUUGUAGUGUUGUUAAUUUUCCGAUUAACGCAAAACAGCCUUAAAUGAUUAGAAAUCGGGUGUGUGACUAAAUUUAAAAUCAACCAAAGUACAUUGUAGAGUUAAUCGAUGACUUGACAAAAUUUUUAACCUCACACUCAUGGCUCAGUGCAAGCAGACUCCGCAAGAAUUUAUAAAAAACGCCUUCACACCCCAAAUUGCUGUUUUGUGCACCCCUCUCGCUGAAGGUUCUUGUCAGAAAAAUAAUUUGAAUUUCAUUGAGCUGCUCCAACCCUUUUCCAAAUUGAGCAAUGACGUGCAUUACAAAGAUCCGGCCGGCACGGUUAUAACAAUAAGGAACCUCAAAUUAACGUUUUUGGACGUGAAUUCCCGACCUCCCCAAACCACUUUAGCUAGGAAAUUUUUAAACUCUUCAGUGAGUGAAUUGUCAGACUUCCGGACUGAGAAUUUCACCACCAGCGAUCACACCUUGAACAUUACUUUAACAACGCCGUGGUUUGAGGCUUGGAGAGAUACGUUUUUACGAGUUCAGUAUCCCUCUGAUCAUGAAUAUACAAAGCAUUUUUUAUCGUGUGUUUUGGUUGUUUCUUCAGCUGAAAUCAAUGUCAUUGAAAGUAUUAUUCAGCUGUCUCAGAGUCUGAAUCAAAUGCAGAAUAACGCCCCUGGAAAGUUACCCAAGUGGUUUAGCUCAAAUGUUUUAAAAUACUAUGUGAUCAUCCAUGACAAUGUUGAAGGAAAUAUUGAUGUCGCAAAUGAGGCGUACGAGUCAGUUAAAGGGUCAUACGGGGAGGCGAAUUGUUUUCUUUUGAGGAUGAAUUCACGGCCCCCAGGUGCCGCAAACACCGAGCAUUUGCCGGACCCUUGGAGCCAAUUCAUUAGCUGUAAUAUUGAGUCCAGAGACUACAAUCCAACCCCUGAGAGCUCACCCUACACUUCACGGGCGAUUUUUGAUACCAGUCAAGACUCUGAUACAAAAACCAACUUAAAUUACCACCCACUGAGCCCUGACACUGAGGAUUUAAUAAUGAGCACUUCGGCAACUGAAAAAGACAAAACCGUAUCAAACAACUCCAAAUUAAAAUCGCACGGUCUCUGCCUGUCGACUGAAGACGUCGAACAGGUGAAAUUAUUUUUACACGAGUUUACCAAAACCUGUCUGCUGCCUUACAUCGAGAAACAAAUCCACCAACUAAGCGACGUAAUUUCGAACAAAAAAGGCGUCAGCAGGUCAUUGUUCAGUGCGACAAAACGCUGGUUCAACCCCAAUAAACCGGGCGCCAGUUCGGUUGCAGUGAAUAAUCUUAUCUACGCGCCUGAUUCACCCGAAUUGCAAGUGCGGCGACUUGGAGAUCUUUAUUUCAUGUUUGGACAUUAUCUACUAGCGUUUCAAGCAUAUCAUUUAGCUAAAAGGGACUACAACACGGAUCAGGCCUGGCUGUACUACGCUGGGGCGCUCGAAAUGGCCGCCUUGGCGGCUUUUAUGGCGAAUGAGUCGAGCAGAAAGACCUACGAUUACAUGGAGGAGAGCAUAACCACUUACAUGAACACCUGCAAGAUGCCUCAGUUUGCGACCCGAGCGACACUUUUAAGCUCCGAGUGUCUGAAAAGUAGGGGUUUGUUCGGCGAAGCGGCCCAUCAAUUGAUACGAAUGACGAGUGAAGAGUCGGAUUUGAGAUCGGCUCUUUUUCUGGAACAGGCCGCUUAUUGUUUCCUGCAUUCGAAAAUGGUCAGAAAGUACGCCUUUCAUAUGGUUUUGGCCGGCCAUAGAUUCUCAAAAGCUGCUCAAAGGAAACACUCAUUGCGGAGCUACAAACAAGCACACCAAAUUUACGAAUACAGUGGCUGGGAUUUAGCUGAGGAUCACAUUCAUUAUACAAUAGGGCGUCAAGCUCACAAUCUCCAUUCGUUUGAUGAGGCGGUUAAGUCGUUUGCGCGGCUGCUUAAUGGGGACAGCAAGCAGUCGGGUCAACAACAGAGCGUGUUUUUGAAGGAAUAUUUAACAAUAUUAGGGAAUAAAUUACUGAAAGAGGAUGACGACGGUAUUCCGAUUUUGGCUCUACCGGAGUUAGACAGUGAUUCUUUAAAGUUGUUAAUGGAGCCGACGCCUCCCCUAACAACACCUGGGAAAGUUCCGGCAAUGGGUGUCAAUUUUCUUGAAAGAGAUGGCGCCGAAGUUGCAGCCAGGUGGAAUAAAUUGGAGGAGAUUUUAGUACAAGAAGCCUUCGGUUCUCUUCCUCUCACGUUCAAGCCAAUGAUCACACUUUACAGCGUCCAUAAUUUAGCAAAGAACGUCCCCACAGCGAUUGUAAAUGAGCCGAUCCAAGUCUGUGUGCAACUGAUUAAUUCGUUGCAAAUCGUCCUACAAUUGAAAGACAUUUAUUUGAUUUGGUGCUUCAAAAACGACGACCUUGUGGCUUCUAAUGAAAAUAACAGCAAUAACGUUGACAAUUUCGUCAAAACGCACGUCACGAAGUCGAUUUUGCUACAAAGCAAUUGCAAUCAAAAUAUUAUACUUGCGUUAACGCCGCUUGUGACAGGGGUGAUCACCUUGAAAGGGAUCUGCUACACGUUAACCAGUUCCAACACGCCUACAGACAAUAUAUUUAUCAAAGGAAAACAGUUGUUUAAUUUCGACAAAAGCGGCACGAAGAACGUAGAAAUAAAAGUCGUGCCGUUAGCGCCUUGUUUGCAGGUGACUUUUUCCGAGUUCAGUUUGGAGUUUUUAUGCGACGAAGUACAAAAAGUUACAAUUGAUUUUCAAAAUACGGGUACGCUGCCUUUGCAUAAGGUGUACAUGGCGACGUCGGCCCCCGAGUACUUAUGUAACUGUGAGACAAAAACCAAAGAAUUGCCCGAAUUUUCGGCAAAUUGCACUCCAGCAAUGAGGGAAAAAUUUAUCAGGGAUAACCACAUUACUUCAGUACCUCUUCCAAACGACCGACUUGAGCCGGGGCAAAGCACCACGGUGGCCAUAUUUAUCAAAGCGCCUAAUGUUCCCGGGCCGUGUCUUGUCGAUUUACUUAUCUAUUACGAAAACGCCAACGCGGGAGUCGUCCCAAGGUAUCGGCUCGUGCGCCACAAGUGGAACUUGUCGGUCCAGGAGUCCAUCAAAGUGGACGUGACGGUGCAAGAGAGUUUCAAUGCGAAACAAGUGGAGGAGAUCGCAGUGGUGCUGAAAGCGUCAAACUUGAACAAACUCCACAGCUCAACGCUGACGGAAAUUAGCCUUUUAAACGUAGGAAUGUUGAGUAAAUUCUGGAGUUUCAUCGAAAACGUGGUAACCCCCAAAUACAUAAACCUACACUCUCAGGAAUCCGCUCACAUUUUACUAAAAGCGCGCCGACUUAACGAAAAAAAGAGCGUCUACUCAAACAUCUACUUGAACCAUGAGAGGAGCAUGCGGCAACACCUCAGUUCCGCGUACAUCGCCUUCGCCAAAAAGACUGAACAUUGCCAGGUGAAUUUGUUCAACGAGUUCGAGUCUUCUCCUGAAGGCAAGGACGGGAUCGUUUUCGUGCAAUGGCAAGCGCUGGUGAACGACCCGCAGAAGCGCGUAGUCGACGGCCAAACGCAGAUCCGGAUAAAAGUCCACAAGACGAGCGAUGAUCAAAGCGACGUCGACGAGUUUGCGGCUUUGAGCGACCCGGCAACUUUGCUCGAAGUCAGUUUGAAUAAAGACAAACAGAGCGAGAACCGGACGCAGCAAACCAAAGUCACAUGCACUCUCAUCUACCCAGCGAUCGUCGAACACAAUUUCCAGAAGGAGAAAUUCUGUGUGGUUCCGGUCACUCUCCUCCUCCACAGCGUUGUAACCGACGCCGAUUUGAGUGUGAUAGUCAACACUUUGGGCGCCACGAGUGGGCCGCCACCGCCGACACACUCCGAUCUUUUUUAUCCGUAUGCUUCCAAAAAUUUUUCCUGGCUUGGGACGGGAAGUGCAGUUAGAGAAGUCAAGCCUUUGGCGACAGAACCAGUCAAGCUCUCGGCAGUUGUUUCGAGGCCCGGGACUUUUGAUUUAGGGGCGCGUAUUGAGAUUUUUUGCAGCAGCACCGAUCAAGUCGACGCUCCGGAACUUCAAACCUGCCAGAUUCAAUCAGCAUUAAUUGUUAUAGAUGGGGAUAGUUAACUUCGAUAUUUAUUUAUCAUGAUUUUUUGUUAAUGUAUUUGUAUAUUUUGAAUUUUAUCGUUUCAGUCUAUUAUGCUUUAUACCAUUUUUGUAUAUAUUUACCUGUUUUCUUUGUAUCUAUUAAUUCCGAUGUAUUACAACAAAAAUUAUUAAUAAAAAAUUUAUUACGA